AUGUCUUCUGCUCCAUUAUUACAAAAGGCUCCAGGGAAGAAGAUUGCAUUACCUACUAGAGUUGAACCAAAGGUUUUCUUUGCCAAUGAGCGUACUUUUUUGUCAUGGCUAAAUUUUACUGUCAUGUUGGGCGGUUUAGGUGUUGGGUUAUUGAAUUUCGGGGACUCCGUUGGUAGAAUCAGUGCUGGUCUGUUUACAUUUGUUGCCAUGGGAACCAUGAUAUACGCAUUAGUCACAUACCACUGGCGUGCCGCUGCAAUUAGGCGUAGAGGUUCGGGGCCAUACGAUGACAGACUGGGUCCAACAUUACUAUGUUUUUUCUUGUUGAUUGCAGUUGUUGUAAACUUUAUCUUAAGAUUGAAGUAUGGUAAUGACACAGCAUAG